GGCUAAGGAUAACACAAACACAAACAUAAACCAUUAUCAGGCUAAGAUAUCAGUGCCAGAGGAUAACUAGACAAGAACACAAAUUUGCUACCUGGUAUAAAGGAAUGAUCUUUAAGUACAGAAGGAAAAUAAAUAUAUAAGGAAUAAAGAACACAGUGCUGGAUGCUCUUCUGCCUGUGGCUGUAAUUUAUUCUCUGGAAAUAGUUUGCUGUAUGAUUGUCAACUGAACACUGCACAGGAUGCGGAAAGCAAAAGCCAAGAUGUAUUUUAUUAUUACUUUUCUCAGUGUAAUAUCUGGAUUUCUGUUCCAUUUUAGGAGAAUACAGAAUGAAUACUUUUCCCUUUCUGCACAGAUCUCUGCUACUCAAAAUCAUCGAAGAGAUACUGUGAGAUUUAUUUGUCACAAGAACAAUAUUACCGGCACCCCAUGGAGACUUAAACAUUCCGUUGCAAGGCAGAUCUAUGUAGAACACACUCAUAAAUUUGUUUACUGUGAAGUGCCAAAGGCAGGCUGUUCCAACUGGAAGAGGAUAAUUCUUCUUUUAAACAGCAGUCUUGGACUUACUGCGGGAGAACUUAACCACAGCAUUGUCCAUGAGUCUCGCUUACUGAAAAGACUAAGUUCUUACUCCCCUACUCAGCAAGUGGAGCUCCUUAAUAAUUACACCACGGUGAUGUUCGCCCGAGAUCCAUUAGAGAGACUGGUUUCAGCUUACAGAGACAAGUUUCUCCAUGAUGACGAGUAUUACUACAGUAAAACAGUGGCAAAUAACAUCAAGAAAAAAGUAAGGAAAAAUGGAAACUCAACAGAAAGGGUCAGUUUCGAAGAGUUUGUGAGGUUCAUCGUCUCAGAAAAUCCACAUUAUAGAGACAUUCACUGGAUGCCCAUGUUGGAACUAUGUAAUCCAUGCAACAUUCACUAUGACAUUGUGGGCAAGUUUGAAACCAUCACACAAGACGCUGCUUAUGUGCUAAGAUCAAUCAGAGCACCAAAGCACCUGAAGUACCCUGAUAUAAAGCAUCACUCCAAUGAUUCCAGAACCAAUGACUUGAUAAGCAAAAACUAUUUCAGAUCCCUUCCUAAAGAGCUAUUUCAAAAACUCAUAAACGUUUACAGACUUGACUUCUCCAUGUUCGAGUACAAUCCUUAUAAUUACAAAUGAAUAUCAAAAUGGGAAGCAUACUAUUUACAUUCCUAUUUCUAAAUGACUUAUUUUUAUUUAACGUGUGAUAACUAUGAACAACUGAAUGAUUAUAAGUUGCAUUUUUAUACAGGUUGAUAUGUAUUUAAUAAUAUUUAAUUAAUAAUAACAAUAUCAUUCUAAAGUCA